CUCAGAGAUCUUAUCUGCAAUGGUGUUUUCCUGGCGGGGAGGCUUAGGAGCCUGGCGCCUGCUGAUGUGGCUUCUGCUCCUUACAGCCUGGGAGACCGAGAGCAGCCCGGUCCACUACUCGGUCUCCGAGGAGGCCAAACACGGCACCUUCGUGGGCCGCAUCGUCCAGGACCUGGGGCUGGAGCUGGAGGAGCUGGUGCCGCGCCUGUUCCGGAUGGCGUCCAAAAGCAGUGGGGACCUUCUGGAGAUAAAUCUGCAGAAUGGCAUUUUGUUUGUGAAUUCUCGGAUCGACCGCGAGGAGCUGUGUGGGCGGAGGCUGGAGUGCAGCAUCCACCUGGAGGUGAUCGUAGAGAGGCCGCUGCAGGUUUUCCAUGUGCAGGUAGAAGUGAAGGACAUUAACGACAAUUUGCCGGUGUUUAGAAGAGAACAAAAGGUCCUUAUUUCUGAAUCUGCACCUCUAGAGUCUCAGUUUCCUCUAGAGGGCGCUUUUGAUGCGGAUAUCGGCGAAAACUCUGUUUUGACUUACAAGUUAAGUAUAAAUGAGUAUUUUACUCUGAAAACAAUAACGAAAAACGAUAAAAGUAUAUUGCCUGAACUGGUUCUUCGGAAGUCCUUGGAUAGAGAGGAAACGCCAGAACUUAAUGUAUUGCUGACCGCCCUCGAUGGCGGUAAACCUGAGCUAACAGGCUCUAUUCAUAUUAAAAUAACCAUCCUGGAUGUGAAUGAUAAUGCUCCAGAGUUUGAUAAGCUUGGCUAUAAAGUAGUGCUGUUUGAAAAUGUGCCAAACGACACGAGAGUGAUUCAACUAAACGCUUCAGAUUUAGACGAAGGAUUGAAUAGUGAAAUUACCUAUGGAAUCAGAAUGAUUUUGCCAGCAAGUGAGAAGUGUAUGUUUUCAAUAGAUCCAAAAACAGGUGAAAUCAGAAUUUAUGGGAAACUGGAUUUUGAAGAGAAUAAUGAGUAUGAAAUUCAUGUUAAUGCCAUUGAUAAAGGGAUUCCUUCCAUGGCAGGUUACUGCACGGUCCUGGUGGAAGUUCUAGACCUGAACGACAAUACGCCCAAGAUAAUGGUCACUUCGCUGUCACUCCUUGUGCGAGAGGAUGCUCAGGUGGGCACCGUCAUCGCCUUGAUCAGCGUGUCUGACAGUGACUCUGGGGCCAACGGGCAGGUAACCUGCUCACUAACACCCCACGUGCCCUUCAAGCUGGUGUCUACCUUCAAGAAUUACUAUUCGCUGGUGCUGGACAGCGCUCUGGAUCGCGAGAGCGUGGCGAAUUAUGAGCUGGUGGUGACAGCGCGGGAUGGGGGCUCGCCUUCGCUGUCGGCCACCGCCAGCGUGUCCGUGGAGGUGGCCGACAUGAACGACAACGCGCCGGUAUUCACGCAGCCCGAAUACACGGUGUUCGUGAAGGAGAACAACCCGCCCGGCUGCCACAUCUUCACGGUGUCUGCGCGGGACGCGGACGCGCAGGAGAACGCGCUGGUGUCCUACUCGCUGGUGGAGCGGCGCGUGGGCGAGCGUGCGCUGUCGAGCUACGUGUCGGUGCACGCGGAGAGCGGCAAGGUGUACGCGCUGCAGCCGCUGGACCACGAGGAGCUGGAACUGCUGCAGUUCCAGGUGAGCGCGCGCGACGCGGGCGUGCCACCUCUGGGCAGCAACGUGACGCUGCAGGUGUUCGUGCUGGACGAGAACGACAACGCGCCCGCGCUGCUGCCGCCUGGGGCUGGUGGCGGGGGCGGCGCGGUGAGCCAGCCAGUGGCGCGUUCUGUGGGCUCCGGCCACGUGGUGGCGAAGGUGCGCGCGGUGGACGCGGACUCGGGCUACAACGCGUGGCUGUCUUACGAGCUGCUGUCGGAGGCGGGGGGCGCUCACAGCGCGUUCCGCGUGGGGCUGUACACGGGCGAGAUCAGCACUACGCGCGCCCUGGACGAGGCGGACGCGCCGCGCCAGCGUCUGCUGGUGCUGGUGAAGGACCACGGCGAGCCUGCGCUGGCGGCCACCGCCACUGUGCUACUCUCGCUGAUGGACAGUGGCCAGGUGCCGAAGACUCCGUCGCAGAUGUCGGCGGGCGCCAUGGGCUCAGAGUUGGCGCUGGUGGAUGUGAAUGUGUAUCUGAUCAUUGCCAUCUGCGCGGUGUCCAGCCUGUUGGUGCUCACGCUGCUGCUGUACACGGCUCUGCGGUGCUCGGCGCCGCCCACCGAGGGCGCGUGCGGGCCAGAGAAGCCCACUCUGGUGUGCUCCAGCGCGGUGGGGAGCUGGUCGUGCUCGAAGCAGAGACGGCAGAAGGUGUGCUCUGGGGAGGGCCCUCCCAAGACCGACCUCAUGGCCUUCAGCCCCAGUCUUCCACAGUCACGAAAAGAUUGUUUCAAUCUUUCCAGUGAAGUAAGUCAUGAUAUAUAUUUGUUCCCUUUAAGAACUUUCUAUUAG